AUGGCUCACUCGGAGCCAGAAUGGGGCCGGGAUAUGGAGCAAGCUCAUACCAAUGUGCCCACUACCGACGAAUAUUCAUCUGAUAACCUACCUCUGCUCCAGGGAGUGCGUCUCUACCCCAAGAUUGUCGCGUGCGCAUUCGGUCUUGCAUUGGCAUUCCUCCUGACCGGCUAUGAUACCGUUAUUCUCGGCACAAUCACCGCAGUUCCAUACUUCAAACAAGAAUUUGGCGAGUUAUACAAUGGGUCAUACAUCAUCCCAGCAACGUGGCUGUCCGUAUGGAGUGCCAUUGGACCCGUGGGCUCAAUGGUCGGAGCCGUCAAUGCCGGCUGGCUUCAAGAUCGUAUUGGUCGCCGCUGGUCACUAGGCCUAAGCUGCGUGGUCUGCGCAGCUGGCAUUGCCAUCGCCUUCUGCUCCAACCUACCCAGCGAACUGAACUCUCGUCGCGGUGCGUUUCUGGUCGGUAGAACAGUGCAAGGGUGGGGAGUCGGGGGUGCCAUGGCUUGUGCUCAGACUUAUCUCUCUGAGACUGUGCCAACUAGCUUGCGAGGCUCGGCGAUGGCACUGUCGCCGACUUUCAUGUUACUUGGAGAACUGCUUGGCGCGGCUGUCAUAUAUGGUUGCGAGAAGAAAGUAUCGGCGGCGGCUUAUCUCAUUCCUUUCGGGACACAGUGGCUUACCACUAUAUUGCCUUUCAUGCUGAUUUGCAUCUUGCCGGAGAGCCCGUCGUACCUGAUCAGGAAUGGUGAAUAUGAUGCUGCUCACCGUGCAUUGGCGUGGUUCCAUACUGAUAAAGUUGAUGUCUCUCGACUUCUCGCCCAGAUGCGUCUGUCCAUUAUGCAUGAGGUGCAAAUGUCACAAGAGUUGGCAUAUGCCGAUUGUUUCAAGGGGACAAACCGGCGCCGGACGAUAAUUGUGGCCUUCUCUUUUAUGGUCCCAAGUUUCUUCGGCGUGCCUUUGUUGGCUAGUGCCAGUUAUUUCAUGCAGGUCGUUGGCAUGGGGUCAAGCCUCAGUCUGAUUGUGCUCAUCUUGGGUAUUGUUUUGGGUCUUAUUGCGAAUGGAGUUGGUGUGUGGCUCAUGAGUCGCGUUGGAAGACGUCACUUGAUGUUAAGCACUUUGGCUGUCACGACUCUCAUCUGGCUGAGUAUGGGAAUCGCAGGGUGUUGGUCGGGCAAAAUUGUUGUUUGGUACACCGCUGCUUGCAUGAUGGCUGUGGUAGUAGUUUGUGGACUGGGAGCAUGGCCCGCAUCAUAUGCAGUCUCGGGAGAAACGUCAUCCCUUCGUCUGCGAGCUAAAACUCAGGGUAUUGGUGUUCUAUGCUACAUGUUGUCAAAUGUCGUUUUCAAUCUUGUUCUUCCCUACGUUUACAACACAGAUGCCGGAGAUCUCAAGGGCAAGACAGGCUUUGUUUACGCUGGCUUGUGUUUGCUCACCUUGGUCGUUACCUGGCUGAUCAUUCCUGAGAUGAAAGACCGUACAACACUUGAGGUCGAUGCUAUGUUUGAAGCAGACUUGCCUUGCAGGAACUUCAAAAAAUGGACACCCGAAGGAAUUCCUCUUAAGGAUGGGGCUUUGUGA